ACAACAACAACAACAACAACACAAAGAGGAAAAUGACACCUCUUUGGAAAAUGAAAACAUCAACAAAGCACACACACAACAAGUUUCAGGCAGAUUUGAAGGACACGGCUUUGCUCAGAGAGGAAGAAAUAACAAGAAACCGGUGAAGGGUGAUCUCCUUCGUUUGCUUUUGUUGUUGUAGUUGUUGUUGUUACUGUUUUUGUUGCUGUCUUUAUUACUGUUUUUGUUUUGGCUUGACGAAGGUUGAAAUGAGUGCCAUUGGUGUUGUUAAACGAGACCGCCGGGUCCAGGUUGGUGUGUUGUUACUCGCUGUUUACAUCCUCUAUCUUAUAUUUUACCCAUCUAGCAAGUCUGGCUCGUGGGACGUGUUUAGCGCCGAGGAGAUCAACGAUCUCCUGUCAGGCUCGAACUCUGAGUCGGACAUUGAGAAGCUCGACCUGGAGGAUUUGGCACUGGAGAAACCGUACUACGACAGCUCUCUCGGUUAUGACAACAACUGGAAGGUCUACGGCGAUACCGUUGUGGAUAUGGACAAGUACGUGAGACUGACAUCUGAGUUGAAAGACCAGAGCUCUCUGAUCUUCAACAAGCACAGCUUCUCCGACUUGGGGUUUGAGGUUGACUUCAGAUUCCACAUUCAUGGAUCAGUGGCCAGCAACGGGUUGAAAGGGGACGGUAUGGCGUUGUUCCUCACAGAUAAGCCUUUGAAGGAAGGUCCGGUGUUUGGUGCAGAGGACAAGUUUAACGGAUUGGCGGUGUUCUUCGAUACGUAUCGUAACGCACCAAAGGGGAAAGUGUUCCCCUUCAUUAAUGUGAUGAAUGGAGACGGUGCCACUCGUUAUGACAAAGGCAACGAUGGUAAGGCCAACCAGUUGGCUGGGUGUACUGCAAGAGCCAUAUAUAACCCGGUUAAUGGGUACGUUGAUGCUAGAUUGAUCCACACUACACAAGAUGGUUACCUGUCUUUGGAUUAUCGAUUGGAUGAGGAAUGGAUCAACUGUUUUAGCAUUAAGGACGUCCAUAUUCCAAGUGUUAGAUUUAUGGGAUUUGGAGCCUCUACAGGAGAUCUUACAGAGAAUGUUGACCUGAUUGAGGCCCGUGUCUCUCAACUUUUGCACCAUGGUAAGAUUGUCCAAUCCUUCGAAGAGUUUGCAGACGAUGAAGCGCACGAGUCCGAAGAGGUUUCAUCAAAUAACGAGCAAACUUCCAAAAAUAACAAGAGACGUCCAAGAAAACAAAGAAACGAGAGCCAGAGGUCAAGACUUAGGGCAAAGCUAAGAAACAAAUCCAAUAGAUUGACAAGGUUUAAGGACAAUUCAGGUGCGGAUGAAAAACCAAGCUUCCUUCGUACUUUAUGGUGGUUGAUAAAGACUAGUUUCUUUAUGUUGUGUGCACUUAUAGUGCUCUACAUCGCAUUCACGGUUUAUCGCGUCAAGAGAAGAUCUUAUCUCAAUAAGAAGAGACAUACUGGUCUUCUCGAUUGAUGACAUUUCCCCUUACACAGCAGUAAAACAACAGCACACCAAC